GCUGUUACCAAAAUUCUCAUUUACAUUUGCUCGCGUUUAGACCUCUGGAGAAGUUAAUAGGUCUAUUUGACAAUUUACUAAUGGGAUUUUUUUUUGUCCUCGUUUGACAAAAUAAUUAAUAGGCCUAUCAAGAAGAAGUAGGCUACCUCAGGUUGCAGUUACUUUGUUGUAGUCUACUCUAAAGAGAAGUGUAUUAUCUUAUCGAAAAAAGCCACUGAAACACCAAAAGAUGGACUCACCAGCAAGCCCCCUCACUCGUGCUGGGAGGACUUUCUGGACAGUUUGGAACUACUUUACGGAAGUUGUGGGGAGGUAUCUAAGCCCAGAGCCCAUUAACAAUGACACAAGCUCAAGACAGGAAGCCACUGCUGCACAACAAACAAACGACCAUGGAGAUGGUGCGAAAAAUGAGAUAAAGGAAACUGAGGUCACUUUUGAAACAGGCUCUGAGGUUAAGAAACCAAGAUCUGUUGUUGCCUGGGAACAGUGUAAUGUCAUCAUUGGUCCAGGCCUCGGCAGAGACAAUGUGCAAUACACUGGACAAUCCAACAGAGGGAGUGAUAGCAAAUCAUCCCCGGAGGGGCAUGAUAUAAAACAAGGGCAGGUGGACCUAACAGAAAAUAAAGGCACAAUCCAGCAUGUUACUAAAGAAGAAUUAAAUAUGGGGAAAGGGGUCCAAUCAAUGGUAGUCACUGGGAUCCCGAUCUUAUUUAGAGAGCCGACAUCUGAAAGGUCAGAGGGCCAGGGAGGACAAGGACAGACUGACAGUUACAACUGUGCUGAAGCAAAUAGAUUAAGAGGUGCAGUGGCAGAAAGAAAAGCGGAGGAAGAAGAAAUCCCUGAAGAAGUUACUGAAGAAGUUACUGAAGAAGUUACUGAAGAAUUCCACUGUGGUGAAGAAGGAACCAAAACAGAAGAACAUGAAAACAAUAGAGAUGGAAAAAUACAUUUUGAUAUAGAGUCCCCAAACCUUACAUCAGCCUGUGUUGAACCUGCCACACUUUUGGAUAAGAAUGGAGACAAGGAAAAUAAGGACAGAUUAAUGAAACGCGAUGUGCAAAGUACAGAGGAUGAAACCAUGGUAAAAUUAAAUGAAAAUGAUGGAGAGAAAGAAACGGAAGUACUCUUCAUGGAGACAGGCAAAGGAGGGUGGAAAGUAGCAGAAAUAGUAGAAUUCUCAGCGGGAGGGGAGAACAGCGAUGAUCUGUGUGUAAUCAAAGACAAACUGAGUCGAGAUGGUGAUGAAGUGAAGAAUGGCAUGGACAUGGAAGAACUUGGGAGGAAGGAGGUGAGAGAGGAAGAGAAUAGAGCAAUAGAAGAGAUGGGCAGAAGAGAACAGGAAGAGAUAUUGGACAGGGGCUUUGGACCGUACAAUGAUUUCCAAGUCUCAGAAAACAAUAACAAACAUGAAUAUGGUGACAAUCGUUUGAAGUUUGAUGAAGGAACUAUAGAGAGGUUUGAUCAAGAAAAUGACCCCAACCCACGACCACUUUGUGGAGGAUUAUCAGACGAAGACAGAACAUUGGGAAGAGGCCAGGACAUCUUUGUUUCAGAGGCAGAGUUGGAAUUGCCAAUGGCCUAUGACAAAAGAGUCUUUGUGUCAAAUGAUGAGAUAACUAUUGUUAGAGACGAGCAGAGAAUGGAGGGCAACACUGAAAGAAUUGACAGCACAGUGUUAGAGGAAAGAAAAGAAGAGGUAUCAGAGGAUGGAUCCAAAGUGUUUGAGGACGGGGGCAGUAACAAGAUAGAAGACGUUGCAUUCGGUAUUGGGACGAAGACGGAUACAGAGGCAGAGGAUGUGAAAGAUAAAGUGACUGGACUGGACACUUUCUUUUAUCAGGAGAGAAAUGUUGUAGUGGAGAAAAAUAAACUACAGGAAGACAAGAUUUCAAAGGAAGACGAAGACCCCCUUAAUGAAGUGGAGGGAAAACGUAUUUCAGUGGUUGACAAUAGAGUGGAAAUCAGAGGCGUGGCAAAAUACAUUUCCCCUGGGCUAUGUGAGGACCUUGUUGUGGCUCAGGAGCCAAAACGUGUAGCGUGUGAAGAAACUCGAGAGGAAAUUCCUGAAAUCAACAAUGGCAAAGAGUUAGACGAGAAUACGGCACCGAAGAUCCUGGAAGUUGGCGGCGAUGAAGUCAACACCACCCAUUUACAAGAAGCACACACCAAAAGUGAUACCAAAGGGUUAGAAGGUGUAGAGAACACUGGAACUAGUUUUAAAUCGGACAAUUCACCAGUGAGUGAACUCAUGGAAGGGAAAGAAGACCCGAAAACUGUUGAAGGAUUAUUUGAAAGUGAGGAUAUUGAGAAAGCCUCUGAUACAGUGGUAGACGAGCACACAGUCGCGAAAUCACUGGGAGGAAUGGAGAGAACAGAUUCUGUAUCACUGAAUGAAACAGAUACUCAAAUACUAGAGGACCUAGCGAAGACAAAGGCUGAAUCACACGAACCGAUGGAGAUUGAGUUAGGACUGUCAGAGGAAGCCGCAGAGACAUAUGUUUGUUUAUCAGAUGAGACACUGAGGACAGAGGCUGGAUUAUACAAAGAGACAGAGGAGAUAAAGGCAGAGUUUAGAGAGGGAUGGAUGGAGUCGAAGGCAGGGGAGACAGUGGGGACAGAAUUUGAAUCAGUGAAGGAGACACAGGCAGAAAUACCAGAAGUGAGGACCGGGGUUGUGCCACCAGAGAACAAAGAUGAGACAGAGUCUGGAUCAAUGCAGGAAUCAGCAGAUACCAAUUUUGGAUUACUAAGGGAAACUGUGGCAGAAGGGUUACAGAAGGGGGCCGAGGUAGGCACACCAGAGGUGAGGACAGUGACUGUGCUGUCAAUGGAGACCAACACAGAGGAAUUAGUGGAAUCUGAGGCUCGGGACAUGUUGGAGACAGAAUCUGGAUUAGUGAAAAAACAUGAGGCAGAAAUACCAGAUGUGAGAACUGAAACUGCAUCAUCAGAAAGAACUGUGACGACAGAGGCAGGAUUAUCAAUGAACAUGACAUUGUACCCAUCAUCAAUUCACACAGAGGCUGUGUUUCUCACAGAGACAAAGGCUGUGUCAUCUAAUGAGUCACUGGAAACAGACAAUGGAUUAUCAGACAAAUCAUCUGAGGCUGGGACUAAAUCACAGGGAAUGGUAGAGGCUGGAUUACCAGAUUCGACAGAAAUAGAGGCCGAAUUAUUUGAGGAAAUGGUUUGUGGAGAAGUUGUACUAUCACAGGACACAGAAGAUGAUUUAUCAGAGGAAAAAUAUAAUAUAAAAGCUACAUUAAUGAAAGAAUUAGUGGAGCCAGGGUCUGGUGGGGAAACAUUGGAGCCCGAAAAGGGAAUCAUGAAUGAGACAGACGCAGCAAUACUUGAUAUGAAGAUUGAGGAAUCGCCAUCAGAGGAAACAGAGUCUGGAAUAGUUGACACAGAGGCCAGAAUUUUUCUGGAAAUGACAGCGAUUGAGUCUGAAUUAUUGGAGGAAUUAUCUGAGUCUGAGUCUGGAUCACAGAAAGACAAAGAGACAAAAAGACAGAGUAUUGAGACAGAGCCAACGGUGGAGACCGACGUAGAGGAAUUAGUGGAAUCUGAGGCUGGGGAUACAGUGGAGACAGAAAUUGGGUUAGUGAGGACAGAAACCGAAUUACCAGAGGAAGUUAGGCCAAAGAUAGAGCGAUUGGAAAAAAUGAAUAGAACAGGUGCUGAUUCAUCAGAGGACACAGAUGUGACAGAAGUCAGAUUUUCAGAGGAGAUAGAGACUGAUUUAGUAGAGACCAAGUAUGGGUUACAGAAGAACAUAGAAGAAGACAUACUAGAUGUGAGAACAGAGACUGUGCUGUCGGUGGAAACAGUAGAGAUGGAUACGGACUCAGACAAGUCACUGGAGUCCAGAUCACUUGAAAUAUCAGAGGCUGGAUUAUCUGAAGAAUCAGUGGACAGUGAGGCUGGAUUAAAGGAUAUUUACACAGAAAUACCAGAUGUGGAGAUAGAGUCUGGAUUAUCAGAGGAGACCGUAGAUGCUGGAUUAUCAGAGGAAACAGAUGUGUCAGACACAGAAUUAGUGAAAAAUACAAAGGCUCUGAUAAUACUAGAGGCUGAACUUUCAGAGGCGACAGAGGAUGUGUUAAAAGAGAAGGCAGGAGAUAACACGGCAAACAAAUCACUGGAAAUUGAGGUAGGAUUAUUUUGGGAAAACGAUGAGAUCGAGGCUUUGGUAACAGAGGAAGUUGUGAAGACAGGGCCUGUUUUAUCGAAGCAGACAGAUUUUGGAUCACAGGGUCAACUACCGGAGAUCGACGAUGGAAUAAUAGAGAAAUCCCAGGUUGGGCAGUCUGGGGAAACUGUGGAAACAGAUGCAGGAUUACCAGAGGAAAACAGAGGGGAGGGUGCAAAAGCAGGAUUCAGUUCCCCGUCAGGAACCAAAAAUGUAGACCAAAGUCUUCAGCUUCAGUUUGAUGCCUCCGCUUUGGACUUCACUGCUCAAAAGUCUCGCAUUGCCCUCAAGAAUCCACAUGCCCGUCCACCUAGGGAUCCCCGUACUCUUCUACAUAUGCCAUCUUUGACCCCCUCCCCUUCAAAACCCACCGUACACAUUCCAGUCAGAGGCCCAACAGGGAUACCAAUGAGGGGUAUGGGCGGCAUCGGAAUCAAACUGCCUGGACUCGGUGCAGGGCCCCCCAUCUUAAGAAAGACCGAAAAUAUCCCUCAGAAAUCUGAGCUCGAGCCAGAUGUAAGGGAUGAAUCUCCCAGGAAAGAAGAGACGCAAGAGGAGCGCAAAACUAAAUGGACACCGCCUAGGCACCCAGGAUUUGGAAAUCCCCUGAUGAUGAAUGAGCUGAAGAACAAGCUGAAGAAGACUCCAAAAGAGAGCGGAGAUGAUUGACAGGACCUUUUUUGACAUUGGUGAACCAUGGUCCAUGAACAAUGGGUUUUAAUUUAUCAUAAGUAUCUCCAUUUUAUUUAAAACUAUCUUUGUCUAUUUCAUUUGAAUAUCUUUGUAUGAACAUUUUCAAAAAAAUAUAUAUAUUUUUGUUUUGUACAGUGUUUACUUGUUCCAGAGGGUUUUUAAAAACUGGUGUGAUUAAAAAAAAGUUGACUUGCUCGAGGCAUUAAAUUGAUUCAAGAAGACUAUUUGUGACAUUAGUUUAUUUCUUCAUCAGUGGGGUUGUUCCAGUAAAAACAGGGAAACCAGCUAUAGCGUCUUGAUAUUUGGGCGAGCAUAUAAUUGCCUAUAGUGAUUGGUCUUUUGAAGCUGUUAUAUAAUCCUUAAGAUUCAUUAUAUUUAAAAAAAAAACUGUUUAUUUUGGGGGGGCUUGCCUGUUCGCUUGUUAUUUUGGCAUUAAUAUGUCACAUAUCAGUUUGCAAACAAUGUAAAAUAAAAUAAAAAAAUUUCAUUGAGUUAAUAAAGUUGCAUACAAACAUGG